AUGACCGAGCCAUCUUACUCAAAAGUCAUCAAGCGCCAUGGCGCUCCCGUUCAGCCCAUCGGUACAGGUCCGCCCGACUACUCCCAUCUGCCCACCUUGGCGCAGAUGCUCAGGAAGCGGGGUUUAAUAUCUGCCUGUCCUGCCAAGCGCUGUCGUGAAAUUGCCGUCUGUCUGGCUGAAGUAUCUAGCGCAUCGCUUGCCAAUCCGUCUGAAAUUGUCGCAACUUAA